CCAACCAGCGCCACCAUCUCUCUCCCACCACCCCCCGCCCCCCCGGGAGGAAUAGACGGAUUACUGCUAACUGUGCACACGGCAGCCUGCAGCUGCUCUGACCGGGGCCAGCCCAACGUUGGGAGGAAGCAAGAGGAACACAGAGGAGGAGCGGCGGACAGGGGGGGGUGAUGACUGUGCCGGGAGUUCUUUAGCCCUUUUUUUUCUGUGUCUCAGUCCCUGUCACAACGGGGCUAAUCAGUGACCGACUAGCCCUUGGCAAAGUCACAGUGAGGGAGGUCUCUCCGGCAAACAAGCAACCAGUCGACAAGCCAACACAUGUACCAGGAGUCACAAGAACUGAGGAUUUUUCUUCUUUUUUUUCCCCAGUUGGUCACUUCUUCUCUUCUUUCUCUGUCAUGUUUGUACUGCCUCAUGGAUCAUUGUGAUUUAUCCACGGCAGAGCUGCGUUUCGGAGUCUGCAGUCUGGCAGAAGGGCAGUUAGUGGGGGCAGAAGGGAUCCAGGCACCUGCCAAGCCUUCCUGGCCUUACCUCUGCAUGUGAGUGCUUUCCAUGCUGCUCUCGGUCUUUAAUACCAGGAGCCAUUUUGUACCCUUGGCUAAUAGAGGGGGCCACACCACUUUUUCAAGACGGGAAAACAAGAAAAUGUCUAUCUAAAGUCUUUCCAUGGAAAGAAAUGCAAAAUCAUCGUGAUACAUGACUGCUGCGUUUAAUAUUUGGGACGAGGCAGAGAGGAGUACUUUCAAACUAAUGAGCGUUUUCCUGUGCCAUCAAUGGAACUUGGGAGCCUUGAGUUGCUCCAGCCAGGCUAGUGUGGUCUGUCCUCUGGUGUGUGCCGUCUCCCCCCACCAUGUAAAAUAAUGAGCCCUUCACACCAUGAGUCCUCUGGGCCAGGUUAGUGUGCAGCCUACCUGGAACGCAGCCCUGCUCGCCGUGCUCUCCCUCAUGGUGCCUGCCCUCAGUAUGUGCCAGUCCACGGGGCCUGUGUCGGGCUCGGCUAACCCACAGAACUGUCCAGGUGUGUGCUCAUGCACGAACCAGCUCAGCAAAGUGGUGUGUACGCGCAGAGGCCUGGUGAGAGUUCCUCCAAACAUCCCAGCCAACACCAGGUACCUAAACCUGAUGGAAAACAGCAUAGAGAGCAUACAAGCUGAUACUUUCAGACACCUGCAUCACCUGGAGGUACUGCAGCUGGGCAGGAACGCAAUCAGGCAGAUUGAAGUGGGGGCAUUUAAUGGCCUCACCAGUCUAAAUACCUUGGAGCUGUUUGACAACAGACUGACAGUCAUACCUAGUGGAGCUUUUGAGUACCUGUCAAAGUUAAGAGAGUUGUGGCUUCGAAACAAUCCCAUCGAGAGCAUCCCCUCGUACGCCUUCAACCGUGUCCCCUCACUCAUGAGACUGGACCUGGGGGAGCUGAGGAAAUUGGAGUACAUUUCUGACGGGGCGUUCGAAGGCCUUCAAAACCUCAAGUAUCUCAACUUGGGGAUGUGCAACCUGAGGGAGUUUCCCAACCUUUCACCUCUGGUGGGACUGGAGGAGCUAGAGAUAUCCGAGAAUGUUUUCCCCGAGCUGAAGCCUGGAGCUUUUCGCGGGCUCAAGAAUUUACGUAAACUUUGGAUUAUGAACUCAGCCAUCACUACCAUUGAGAGGAAUGCAUUUGAUGAUAUCACGGCCUUGGUGGAGCUCAAUUUAGCCCAUAAUAACCUGUCAUCUCUUCCUCACAACCUCUUCACCCCUCUGCAGUACCUGGUGGAGCUACACCUGCACCACAACCCUUGGAGAUGCGACUGUGAUGUGGUGUGGCUUUCCUGGUGGCUCAGAGAAAACAUCCCCACAAAUUCCACCUGCUGCGGACGCUGCCACACCCCGGCCCACAUGAAAGGAAGAUACCUGGUGGAGGUAGAUCAGACGACCUUUCAGUGUUCUGCACCCGUCAUACUCGACGCGCCGAGAGAUCUCAACAUCUCGGCAGCAAGAGUGGCGGAACUAAAGUGUCGCACAGCUGCCAUGAGCUCAGUGAGAUGGCUUCUUCCUAAUGGGACUGUUUUGACACAUGGCUCAGCUCACCCACGGAUAUCUGUCCUAAAUGAUGGGACUCUGAAUUUCUCCAAUGUUCUCCCGUCAGAUACAGGAGUCUACACUUGCAUGGUGAGCAACAUGGCAGGAAAUUCUAAUGCCUCAGCGUACUUAAAUGUCAGCAACGCCGAACUCAAUACGUCUAAUCUGUCCUACUUUACCACCGUGACAGUGGAAUUUUUGGAGCCCACAGUGGAGGAGACACCUAAACCCAAGCCUACAGUCCCCGCCUCGCCCUCUGUGUUUCAACCCGUCUUCAUCUCCACGCCAACCGUGCUGUUCCAAAAUACUCAGACUCCAAGGCAGGUGUCAAUUCCAACUGCCAGAAUCCCGAGUGGGCCAGCCGCCAGCCUGGAUGAGGUGAUGAAAACCACCAAAAUCAUCAUUGGCUGUUUUGUCGCCGUUACCUUGCUGGCAGCUGCCAUGUUAAUUGCAUUCUAUAAAUUGCGGAAGCGGCAUCAGCAGAGGAGCACGGUGGCAGCAGCCCGGACCAUAGAGAUCAUACAGAUGGAGGAAGAGGUUCACCCCGUUCCACCUCCCACCUCUGGAUCUAGCGGCUCGGACGACACCGGUUUGGUACUGCCUACGUUAGUGGAACACAACAGCAACACCUUUAAACCCGGGUAUGUGUCCUCCUCCUCCUCCUCCUCCCGCCAUGGGGGCUAUGGAGCCCACUGGACCCAGAACAACUCUCUGCAUCGCUCAGUCAGACAGCAUCACAGCCACAUCAGCACCAUUGCUGAUCCUUACGUCAUAAAGACUACGCAAGGCAAGGAGAAGGUUCAAGAGACUCAAAUCUGAGUAGUGCUUUCUUUGGAUUUAUCCCUGACUCUGCCCCAACCUCUCCUUCUCCUCUCCAAUUAUCACGAGUCCAUCCGUCCAUGCAAUAGAAUGCACAAAGAACAAAAUGGUAACUUUCUUUUGUACAGAAGUGCAAAGCAGAGACAGUUUUUUUGUUUGUUUCUUGUACAUGCCUAUACAUAAGUAUAUAAAUAUAAAAAAAAAAAAAUCUAACUAUAUAUAUGUAUACGUAUAUAUACGUAUACAUAUAUAUAUAUACAUAUAUAAUGAAACUAAGUCAGGAAGUGGUGAGACAUGCAAAUUAUAUUAGAAAAGAAAGUAAUUUGACACUAUUUUCUAAUAACUUGUGACUUCUAUUUAAAAAAAAAAAAAGACAUAAUGAAUUGCUUUUGUGACUGAUAAUAGAAGGUGGUACUGUCUACUGUAGGAAAAGAAGCAUUUAGUUUGUUUUUGACCAUAUUUAGGAUGCAGUGAAAAUAACUCUUUAUACAGGCAAACAGUUUCUACAUACAGGCCCAAAAUGUAAGCUCCAGUUUUUACUGUGCCAAAUAUUAUAUGCAAUAAAAUGGUUAUUUCCCAGAUGAAAGACACAAAAAAGACACAAGCAAAAUCUAGAUAGAGAGAAACAUUUGUUCAAGAAUAGCGACAUAAUGGCACAGAUAGAGUGUGCUGUUCAGUAGCCAUCAGCCAAAUGCUUUUGGACUGCAGUGAAUUUCUGCAGCUAAGGCUUAACCCUCUGUUUGCCGGAGCCGAGCUGCGUUCAUCUGACAGUGCAAGUGCUUCUUAGUUAUAGCAUAUCUAAACAUGUUGAUUUAGUGUGCACAUAAUUCCGUACUGGUUCAACUGGCAAAGAUUAAGUGCAGGCUAAAAACAGCUCUUGCCAAUAAUAUGUUCUGUUCUUGGUUGCAUUUUGAGUAUUUUUAUUUUCCCGUUUGGUUUUUGACAUGCUUCUUAAUGGCUUGCAUAGUGUUUAGGGCUAUUUAGUAAUGCAUUACAGCAGCUGCCUGACUUGUCUCUGCAAGGGCUCAUUCUGAGGCUUUUUUUUUUUCCUUCAAAGGAGCAGACAUGGUGCAGUGAUAACAGGGAUUUGCCGGCCGUUCUGUUUUUAGAGGGAAAAAAAAAAUAUAUCACAGGAUUGAAGUGAAACCAAUUGAAUGUCUGAUAACUGGGGCUUUUCCAUGGACUACAUUGAAACAUGACUUUUUUUGUUUUUCUUAUAACCGUUUAUUUUGAGCAACACUAUUUUUAUGGAGAGACAAAGGAGGCAAUGAAAAAUAAAAACCUCUGGUUUGUAUUUCUCUAAUCAGAAACAUUUUCAUCUGAUGUUGUUUUUUUUUUUCCUUCUCUCUGAAUAUAUUUCCAUAUCAGUGUAAGUUGUUUAAAGGCUGGAGGCAGUAUUGUAAAUCGUAUCCUACUCCAAACCCCCCGUUCCUACAGUCCUAUGCAUUUACUUAGUGUCUGCAUGAAUGGUUCUUUAAGUAACUGGUGUACAAUGCUGCAUUAUACCCCACAGUGGGGCUCUAGGCAGGUCAGAUAUAGGCUGUUGGUCUUUGAUGCCUCAGCUUAGUUCUUAACAUUGAUUUCUCAGUGACUGUGAAGGGAAAAAUACAUGUAUCCCACAGUUCUA